ACUUUUAAAAAAAAAACAAAACCCAAACCCUCUAGCAAUACACACCGAUCUGAGCAUGUGUAGCUUGCCCCCCCCCCCCCAGCCUCUGUUUUAUCAGGAGAUAUUUGGGAGACACUGGAAGGAGGGGAGGAUCAGAGAAGACAGGUUCUAACAUCCUUUUUACACAAUGCAGAGGAUUAACCCCUUAGGUUCCACAGUAAGUAUAACAAGCAUGCUUUGCUGCCAGGGGCGGACUGACAACUCAUGGGGCCCCCGGGCAAUAGGGGAUCAUGGGGCCCCUGUGUCCUUGCCCAAACUCAAAAAAAGCCUA